AUGGAUGAGGAGCUGGAGUCGCAUCCACUCCCUGAUGAGCACAAGGCCAAGGUGCUGGAGAAAUACCUUGUUCUGCCUGACGAUACGAAUGAGGGGGGCGAUAACCAAAACCCAUCCUUGAUAUCUAGCACAAGCAGUCAUAUAACGCUGGAAGAUGAGUAUCAGGCUCCCCAUCAAAUGGAGGGAGGUGCCAUCACCGAGGACGUGUACCGUUGGGCUCACCAGAAACGCCCGCGUCGCACCAAGCGCUCUGAAAGCAUGCACUUACCUAGCACCAGUGGUAUUGACGUUCCUUUUGACAAGGAUAUGUUGAAGCAGCCGGGUGGUUUUCGACGUUCUUAUAUCGUUACGCAGGCCGCUGAGCAAGGGAAACGUCCACCAAGGGCUUUAAAAAGCUUUGUCGAGUUUCUCAUGCUUUAUGGUCACUUUGCCGGUGAGGAACUGGAUGAAGAUGAAUUCUUAGAGGACGAAGAAGAUCUGGAAGCAGAUGCGGAUGGUCGACCAAGUAUGUCAGCGUUGCAAGCAGGUGAGAGUCCUUCUGAAACGACUCGCCUCCUUCAGAGCCGCCAGGUUCACGGCUCCAUUCCCACCUAUCGUGGUUACAAGAAACAUCAAAAGAAAGGUGAAGCCAGUGUACUUGACGCCGUGCUUAUGCUUCUCAAGUCUUUUGUUGGUACUGGUAUCCUUUUUUUGGGCAAAGCUUUCUUCAACGGAGGUCUCUUAUUCUCUACAAUUGUGCUGUCUGUGCUUGCUGCAGUAUCCCUAUGGUCCUUUCUGCUUCUUGUGGAAACCAACCAAAAACUCCAUGUCGGUUUUGGUGAAAUGGGCGGGGUCUUAUACGGUCGUUACAUGCGUAAUGCCAUCCUCACAUCUAUUGUCGUGUCCCAGCUCGGGUUUGUUGCUGCGUACACUGUCUUUGUGGCCGAAAACACGCAGUCCCUAAUUCUUUCUAUGACUCAGUGUCGGACGCAUGUAUCUGCGGCCAUGCUCAUUUUUAUUCAAUGCUUGAUUUUCUUACCGCUGAGCCUGAUACGCAAAAUUGCGAAGCUCUCAUGGACUGCAUUGAUCGCUGAUGUCUUCAUUCUUGCUGGUAUCAUCUAUCUGUUUUAUUAUGAGAUUGGGUCGCUUAUGGAGCAUGGAUUAGCCGAUGUGCAGUUAUUCAACCGUCAAAACUUCCCUUUGUUCAUUGGUACAGCAGUCUUCACCUUUGAAGGCAUUGGUCUUGUGAUACCUAUUACGGAGAGCAUGCGAGAGCCGGAAAAAUUCCCAGCUACCAUCACGGGUGUCAUGGUGGUGGUGACAACAUUGUUUGCAUCGUCUGGUAUUUUCUCCUACGCUGCCUUUGGUAGCGACAUUCAAACCGUCGUCAUCACUAACAUGCCCGGUCAGUCUCGCCUUGUACAGGCAAUCCAGGCCUUUUACUCUAUUGCCAUCUUGUUGUCGAUGCCGUUGCAAUUAUUCCCGGCCUUGACCAUUUUAGAACUCGGUCUUUUCAAGCGCAGUGGCAAAUACAGCUUCACUACGAAAAUGCGCAAGAACUUUUUCCGGUUUGGUAUUGUGGUGGUGGCGAUGCUUACAGCCUGGAUGGGCGCCAGUGACCUGGACAAGUUUGGCAUGUGCUACUACCCGACGAGCUAA